GCACCUGUGUUUAUUUAAAAAUCUAAGUUCUUUGUGCUGUUCAUUUCUCCUAUCUCCCUGUCACUGCUGCAAGCACAAUGUCUCCAAACACAUUUUAUCUCCUCUUCCUCCUGCCUGCUUUCUCUCUCUCUGAGGUUGUCACUUUUACAAAGUGUCCGCAGUUCUUUUCUGCAGGAAUUCAUCCCACAGUGUUGCAAGAUACAACGGACAACAAUCGUUACACACAGAUAUGCCAAUGCCUUCUGGACCAAAAUGAAAGACCGCAAUAUUUCUAUGCCACUCUCUAUGACACCAAGAACAAAAUCCCUGUUUACUCAGCCUACGAGUUCCGCCGUGCAAGUGUUGACAGGGUUGAUCGCUGGUAUGUGGAACCACAGCUCGAUGGAAGUAACCUUAUGUGCAUGGCGUCUCAGGGGAACAUCCCAUCACCCAAUCGAGGGCAGCGACAGGCUCUUAACAGUGAUUAUGAAGGCUCUGGCUAUGACAAGGGACACCUAUUCCCUGUUUACCACACACACAAUGCAGACACCAUGCUGGCCACCUCCACGUUGACCAACGCAGGUCCACAAGAUCCUAGCUUCAAUCGUGGUCAAUGGAAAAAGCAUGAGGAAGACAUGGCCACACUGGUGCAGCAGAACUGUAACUGGGCUUACAUUGUCACAGGUGUAGUCCCUGGGAAUCAAGUGAUUGGGAAUAAUGUAAGGGUGGCUCGUUAUUACUGGAGUGCUUAUUGCUGCUUUGGAGAUAGUGGUGCACCACAGUCAGCAGGCUACAUUGGCCCUGAUAACAAUGGCCGGGUGCAGCAGGGCAGUGUGAUGUGGCUGGAAGAUGAGCUGAGCAAGCAUUAUGGAUCUGUCUUCAGUAUCUUCCAAGGCUCAUGCUAAUACAAAUACUAACCACCAAGUGUAGUCAUUGUGAAAUGAAUCUGCUAUAGAUGGGUGUUUCAAUACAAUAUUUAAUAUUUGUUUUGAAACAUUAAUUAAACUGAUUUUGGUUUUGACACAUAUCAUGGAACUGAUAUAUCUAAGGAUGUUAAAUAUAUGUGAAAAAGUA